AAAGAGGACGACAGAUUUGCAUCCUACACACCCUCCUUCGCCCACUCCCUUUUUUUCUUUCUAGAACCAAAGAGCUGUAUUGUAUCGUCCUUUUUCUUCGGUAGCUACUGUUUUUUAAUCACAUUCUACAAACACACACACAUACAAAUGUUUCGCCAAUCUCUCAGGAGGUGCGCUCGCAUCAGCGGCGCAACCUUCGCCGCCCCGGCUCUCCGAACGACCAGACCUGCCACCCUCCAGACGAUCGCGAAGGCUCCAGCAAGCGCGCUUCGCGUGCCACUCAGCAUUAAUGCGUUCAGACUUUAUUCUAGCGAGGCCGCCAGCGCUGCGGCUGCUCCGGUCGCCGAGGAUGAAGGAAACGCUUCGGGUCUGACGACCAAGUUCGCGGAUUUGACGAAGUUGGGCGUUCACUCUACCCUUGUCGACACCAUCACGAACAGAAUGCGGUAUGAGAACAUGACGGACGUCCAGAGCAAGACCAUCGAGCCUGCACUGAAGGGCAUGGAUCUUGUCGCCCAAGCAAAGACAGGUACCGGAAAGACCCUGGCGUUCCUCGUUCCCAUUCUGCAGAGAAUGAUUGCGGCGGAUCCGUCGCUCGCAACCAGAAAGGCUCGUUACCAGGCCAGCUCCAAGGAUAUCCGUGGAGUCAUCAUCUCCCCUACACGUGAGCUUGCCGAACAAAUCGCCCUCGAGGCCGAGAAGCUGUGCCAGGGCACGGGCCUGGUCGUCCAGCGUGCCGUCGGUGGAACACGAAAGGGCGAGAUGCUGCACAAGACCCGUAGAGAAGGUUGCCACUUGCUCGUUGGUACACCCGGACGUCUCAACGACCUUCUCGAGGACCCUUACAGCGGAAUUGAGGCACCCAACCUGGCUGCGAUUGUCCUCGACGAGGCCGACCGCAUGCUCGAUGUCGGUUUCGAGAGAGAGCUGCAGUCUAUUGUCGAUCAGCUCCCUGACCCCAAGACUUCUGCGCGCCAGACUCUGCUCUUCUCUGCGACCAUCCCCAAGAACGUCAUCGCUCUUGCCCGCCAAUGGGUCCGCCCCGACAACUUUGACUUCAUCCAGACCAUCUCCAAGGACGACGUUCUCACCCACGACAGAGUUGAUCAGCACGUUGUCCACUGCAGAGGCUGGGCCAACGUCUUCCCUGCCAUGUACGAGCUCAUCGACAAGGAAAUCCAGAAGAGAACUGCCGACCGGGAUCUGCUGCCCUUCAAGGCCCUUGUAUUCUUGCCUACGUCAGCCUUGGUCGAUCUUGCUGGCGAUGUCGACAUUACGAUGAGAGGCGACCGUGAUCGCGUCCAGGGAUGGAGAAUUCACUCUAAGCUCACCCAGAGCCAGCGCACGAAGGCUGCAGAGUUGUUCCGCAAGGCCAGGUCCGGCAUCCUGUUUUCCACCGACGUUACUGCCAGAGGUCUCGAUUUCCCCAACGUCACCCACGUUAUCCAGAUUGGCGCUACCUCAGACCGUGAGCAAUACAUCCACAGACUCGGCCGCACGGCUCGUGCGGGCAAGGAGGGUGAGGGAUGGUUGAUUCUCGCCGACAGCGAAAUGGAACUUGCCCGCCGGGAACUGCAAGGCCUUCCCUUGAAGCCCAACAAGACGCUCGACUGUGCUCAGCACGACUUCACCAGCGGAGACGAGCCUACGGCGAUUUGCGAGAAGGUGACCCAGGCUACUGCUCGAGUUGACCCCCAAGUCUUGGAGGUUGCCUACCUGUCCCUGUUCGGCCAGAACCGCGACAACGUUCAGGCCAAGGUUGACGAGCUCCGCGAGUGGUGGGUCAAUGCCAUGGAGCAGGACGAUACACCCGCCUUGAGCGCUUCCACCAUCGAGAAGCGUGGUCUGCGCAGAAUCAGAGGUCUCAAUGUCAGACAACCGGGCUCCAGGUACGACAGCGGCGGCCGUGGCGACCGUGAAGGCUUCAGCCGUGGUGGUGACCGUGGUGACCGUGGUGGCUUCAGCCGCCGCGAGCCCCGCGAUGCUUUCGAGAAGAUGGAGAUGGACAGCACCAGCUCUGACCGCCGUUCCUCUGACCGCCGUUCAGGUGGCUUUAGCCGGGGCGGUGGACGUGGCUUCGGUGGAAGAGAGCGUCAGCAGAGAUCCUCCUGGUAAAGCGGAAGAUGACGACACUGGCGCCCUGGAAGCGUAGUGCGCGCGAGCGGAGGAAAGAAGAGAAUAACCAACAACGAAAAAAGUAAAGGCUCCAAUGAAUCGGAAAAGGUCUGUGAGAUACGGAAGACGUUUUUUUUAACGACCUCGGAAACUGAAUUAGACAUGUCAUACCAUACCCCCACCCAAUCCCCCAUCAUCAUCACCACCACUCCCCUUUCCUCCUGUUUUUAAGAGGGAAACAGGCUUGUAUCAUACCAUUUUUGUAACGGAGCACAGGAAAAGGGGGGCUUUACUCGAGGGAGUUGUGCUUGUAUUACCACCACCGGCAUUGGGACGGGGCUAUAGCGCCUCGCGAGAGAGAUUUCAACUGUACGAGAUUAACGGGGGCGAUAAAAAGCUACACAAUUGUAGCGCCAUGUAAAUAAUACUGAGGGA